UUUUGGUGAGUUGUCAUCAGAACUGUAAUAUAGAUACACUUAACCGGCCAAACCAUAGGUACACUCAACCUCGUUUCUUGUAUCGCACCGCAAAACAAUCCCUUAGUUUUACAACAAAUUUAUUGCCGGAACAUUUCGUUGACAUCCAAAAAUACAACAACAGAAAUAGCCUCUCAACACUUUCUAAAAUGGUUUCCAGCUCUUGUAAAUUAUUUAAUGAAUUAAGUUAUAUUAAGAGGAUAACUCAAUUAAUAAACACAUGUGCCGUAAUGUUGUGCCUCAUUACGCCUUCGAAUUCUCAAUACUCCCACCUUGACAUUAGUUUUCUCUGACGUGAGGUGCGUAUAAGUGGAUCAGUAUGUGUUACAUACAAUUUUCACCUACACAUUUUGCCGCCUGUCAAUGCGGCAUUCAAAAAUACUUAAUGAAGACACAACACAACACUGAUAAUAGAGCCCAAAAAUUAUUUACAAAUAAGGCAGAAAGAUUUAAUUAAAAUAUACGGAGAAUUUCGUACCCCUUUUUAUUUUUCUUUUACCUAUUUUCUAAUUAAAAACUAUACAUAUAUUAAGUAAAUCAAUAAUUUUCCUGCUAAUUUUUUAUACUUCCGCAUACAAAUCCGCAAAAUUUUUUUUCUAUUUUUUGCACACUCAUUUUUUAAAUUGGGCCACAAAAAAAAGUAAUUUUCUUUUCUCUUCUUUAUAUCCACUUCUUUCUAUUCCUGGGAAACUGCCCCCCUUUAUUCUUUCUUUUUCAUUUGUGUAUUUAUUUUUUUCUUUCUUCUUUUAUCAUCCUUUUUUUCUUUUUUUAUUCAUCAUGUGGCCGACUGCCCCUAAAAAUACUUACAAAUAAAUGGGUGGGUUUAAUGGACAUUAGAGUAUUUGAAAUUUUUUUUUAUUUUUGGGCGGUGAAAUACAGUCGAGCCUAUUUUUAAAAUAAACCCUUAGGACUGCCAUUUUCAAUUAAGUUCACAGUUCGGAUCAAAAUCUGCAUAUCCCAAAAUUUUUAUAGAUUUUAUAUUACUCCUUAUAUAGAAUUUUUUUAAAAAUUAUUUAAAGAAAAUAAAAGACUAAGGGGCAUUUUACGUUCGAACUUUGAAUUCAAACUCUGAAUAUUUUUGUAUGUCAUUGCAAUGCUUUGGCAAAAAUAGAUUUACUAAUUCUGAACUUACUGGACUGCCAGUGAUAGAAUCCUUCCAUUUCCGUCUUCUGCCGAAUUCCGUCUUUUCUUUUACACUUCCCCUGAACCUUUAAUUAAUUAAUUGUUUUGACAAAAACCGGAAUCGAGAAUUCAAUCUUCACAAAUUUUAUUGUUUAAUAUUAAUUAUUUUAAAAUCUGAUAUAUAUUAAAAUAUUUCAUUUUCUUAAAGUGUAGUAAGCCUCAAGUUGAGUUGAUUAUUUUUGGUUGUCAAUCAGGAAUUGACAAAAGAUUUUUAAUAUUUUUUAUGAUUUUUCGUCAGUAUGUUUACAUUUAGAAUUCAUGUACAUUCGAUUCUCUAUAUAAUGUAACCCCUCGGGAUGAGAUUUGCUAAAAUAAGAGUUUAGGUAAAAUGGGAGGGGAACACAUUAUGAUCUGCCACUUCAUUAAAAAUUUCUAUGUAUCUCAACAAAAGUAAAACUAAACAAAAGUAAAAAAAUUAAUAGGCUUGUGUAUCGAUAACAGGGAAUCUGCCGACAUAAAAAUAAAUUCUUUAUUCCCUAUAACAAACUUAUUGCUAGCAUAUUAGCUAACAUCCAAAAAAUUAAGAGCUCGCUCGAAUCUUGAACAACCUCAACAUUUAGUAAUUGUUUUUCUAAUGCUUUUAAUUUUUAAAUUAUUAGGUGCAAUUUUUCGUUAUUAAAUUUUUGGCAAAAUAUUUAAUGCUUCUUAUCAUAAAAUUCAUUUACACAUUAUUUUAACAUUAACUUUAUUUAUUAUUUCAAGCUUCUUCCAUCUUUUUUUAAUUUUUUUGGAUGUCAUUGCUAUACAUGACAAAUACUAUUAAACUAUGUCCUCCUUUAGGUGUAUGCCCUUGGGUUUCAUUGAAUAUACCAUAAAUUCUCUAAUUGAAGCCUUCUAUUUUUUAACCCUCUUGUAGGGUGUGCUUAUAUUAGAGAAUUUUCGUUAUUCAAGGUAAACACAUUUGCUAGAUUGAAGGCUAGCAUCCAAAAAAUUACAUGCAUAUUUUUUAAUUUUCGAUUCGUGUCAUAAAUUUAAUUGUUUUCUAGUUCGUUUAAUUAAAUAAAUUAUAAUGUUCACUGACAAAUGAGUACUAGCCCAUAUAUUUUUGUAGUUAUAGAUCUGCUAUCAAUAAGAUUAUGUUUAAUUUAGGGUGGCAACACGACCCUUCGAAGUCGUGAGUGUUAGGGAUUGGGUCUGUUUUAGCUUUUACGCCUUAGCAGUUCGGAUCAGGUUUUGUGCCUAAAAAUCAUUGGGUCGGGUUACCUACCUAAUGUAGAUACAAAUACUGUGUUUAAUAUGUAUUACUUUUUACAUUUUAAUUUGUACAUAUUUAAAUAUCUUACAAUGUUAACAACUUCUCUGGCCUUCUGUUGGUCCUUGAGUAUUUUUGGAUGUCAUGCUUGCAUUGACAGAAAAUUCUGUAAAGUCAUCAUAUGUUUUGUUAUGUUAGAAAGUUGAUCGUCCCGGCUCUGUCUCUAAUAUAUCCCGAGUAACUUUUAGAUUGCCCUCUCAUUUAAUCCACAUACGUUCCUAAGUAAUUUGAUGGUCACUGUUUGGAGACGCUUCCAAAGCGAAACCCUCUAUAUAGAAUACGGCUCAAUAUGUAUAGGAUAAAAUUUUCACCCCAAGAGUAAACACUAGAACCAAAACUGGGAGCAGGCCUGUCCGCAAUGUCGGAUUGCGGACAGCGGAAAAUGUUUUUCACAUGCUGACAUACCUGACUGGGAGUGUCUUAUGAAAAUCGUUUGAGAAUUGAGUUAACUGAGUUAUUUAAAAUUCCACCCCUGAUUCCCUCCUUCCCCCGAAAAAAUUCCCUCCAUAUACUCUAACGUCUUCCCAGACAUUCUUUCAUAUUACACACAUUUACAUUCCGUCUUCAGCUCCCUCAUUCUUUUAUUUUUUACCUCCUUUCCCCUUUCAUUCAUUUCCCCAUUUUUUUUUAUUUUUUCACCAUUUGUUUGUCUGCCUGCCAGACAAUUUUAUUUUUGUGCAAUACUAAGUAAAACAGCACUACUAGAGUUGGCCGAGGUCGGGAUCUUGCCAAGCACGAGGUCUCGUCUAUUAUCUCCAGGUCUCGAGUUUCGACUUUGACUAGUUUCGGAGUCUCGUUCCUCACCAAGAGCUGAGUCUCGUGUCCAAAUUUGCUCUCGAUCUCGACCUCGAUUUUUUCAAAACAGCCUCAACCUCGCCCAUCUCUAACUAUUACUCCCUUCGUUUCUCGUCUCAUAUUUCUUCCGUAUUUUUUAAAAGUACAAAUGUAUUUAUAUAUUGAAGUUGAUUUUUGCUUUUCUUUUUUUGCCUCUUUUCAUUUUUCUAAAAAAAUUUUUUUUUCUUCGUCAAAUUAAAAUUGAAAGGAAUGCACUUUUACUUUUUUUUCUGAACAAUAGUUAUUUUUAUAUUAUUUGCUUA